AUGAAGUAUAAGUUUAGCAAAUUUGCUUACGAAGCUGUGACUCAUGUUAUCAACCUAAUGACAAAACUUAUGGCUGGCAUGUACAUGAACACAAAGGCUGUUUUCGAUGUUGUACAUCCUAAUACAGAGGAAGAUGCCGCCGAUUCGGAUACGGUCGAGGAAACAACCGACGAACAAGCCAGAGGUGUAACGGGGUACAAUACCCCAAGUGUACCCAAGUUACAUGAAGAGUGA